AUAUUUUGGCGCUCGAGAUUAUUAAAACAAAACAAACCGGGGAAAAACAAACAGAGACAAAAUUAAGGAAUUUACCUAAAAUAUCGAUGGAUUUUGAGUUUAAGAUACCAGAUAAACUACCUGGUACCCCAAAGCAAGGUCUCAAGGGAGAACAGGCAGAUUGUACAGAUUCACCAUCAAAAAAGCCGAGGAUUGAUGAGGAUUGGCCUGAAGAGGGUAUUGGUGACUUUGACGAUGUGGAUUUUAGCUUCCUCGAUGAUGAAUGCAAGGUGAAUCCUGAUGAAUUUGCCAAGUCGAUGAGUGAAAAGGAAUUCCACGAAGAGACUUUCAAACACCUACUGGAAGAUACCUUUCCAGCACUCGAACCGGAAAAGGAAACAUUUUUCGGAUUGCCGAUGAAUGUCAAGGAUCUGUUGCGAGAGAUAAAGGGAAUUGAUGAGCUGUACGAUUGGCAAAUUGAAUGUUUACGCCUUCCGGCAAUUGAGAAGCGUCAAAAUCUCAUUUACACCCUCCCCACAAGUAGUGGAAAGACUCUUGUGGCUGAAAUUCUUAUACUGAAAGAGCUGCUGUGCCAUCAGCGGAACGUCCUCUUCAUCCUUCCCUACGUUGCUGUGGUCAAGGAGAAAAUCUCCUCACUGGCACCUUUUGCGGUUGAGCUUGAUUUCCUUGUUGAGGAGUAUGCUGGACGCAAUGGGGAAUGCCCACCGCGGAAGAGGCGUAAGAAGAAAUCCAUCUACAUUGCGACAAUAGAGAAAAGUUUAUCUGUGAUUAAUAGCCUAAUUGAGGCUCGUCGGCUCGGGGAAAUAGGUUUGGUUGUAAUUGACGAACUCCAUUUAAUUGGUGAGAAAGAUCGUGGAAGAAAUCUCGAGACGGUGAUCACGAAGAUCAAGUACAUGAGUUCAGAUAUUCAAAUUGUGGGCAUGAGUGCGACCAUCGGGAAUAUUCAUGAGAUUGAAAAGUUCAUGGACGCCACAUCAUUUGCGGGUCAUUUCCGUCCAGUUAAGCUCACGGAGUACGUUAAAUGUGAGAAUAUCAUUUACACCGUAGAGCCCAAUAAUUCUGAUUUAUUUGUACCCAAUCGGGUGAUUGAGAGUACCUACAAUGAGCAGAAAUUGAAAAUCGAUCCUGACCAUUUGGGGCAGUUGGUGAUGGAAAUUUGUCCAAGGGAUGGAGUUUUGGUUUUCUGCCCAACUCGUCAAAAUUGCGAAAAUGUGGCACGUUUACUGUCGAGCGUAGUAUCUGGUGACUUUCUCAAACACCGUCAUGAGGAACGGAAGACAUUACUCGAGAAUAUGAAGAAGUACUUUGAGUAUGUUUGUCCUGUCCUUCAGAAGACGAUUCCCUAUGGUAUUGCCUACCAUCAUUCAGGGCUAGUGGCCGAGGAGAGACGCUUCUUGGAGGAAGCCUUCCUGGAUGGGGUAAUCUGUGUGAUAUGCUGUACUUCCACCCUCGCUGUGGGGGUGAAUUUACCGGCAAAACGUGUAAUUCUGAGAUCACCCUACAUUGGUCGGGAAUUUGUGAGCAAGAGUCGAUACAAGCAGAUGGUUGGACGAGCGGGACGUGUAGGAAUGGGAUCUGGAGAUGGCGACAGUAUUAUCAUCCUCAAAAGUCGCGAAAAACCCCUCGCUGUUGAUCUAUUUCAAGCACCUAUGGAUAAUGCCAUGUCUUCCAUGCAUAUCUGUGAUUUUCGUGGCCUCAGCAAUCUCAUUUUGAGCGCCAUCAGUUUAGGCAUGGCUACAACAUGUCGAGAUCUCCAAAAGUUGGCUUCAAUGACUCUUUUAGCUGUUCAAUCGAAGCAAUUGGACGUGAAAAUACGCACUGAAGUGGAGAUGAUUGUAAAGAAAUUUUAUCGACAGAAGGCCCUGUGGAUUAAGCAGGAAACAAUUCCUCAUGACUGUACCAUCAAGAUCCUCCAAACACAGACCAGCCAAGUGGGCACACAGUCUAUAAAGAGGCAGAUUGUGAUUAAGAGUUCAUCUGAACUCGAAAUAAGUAAUGUAGGGAAAGCAGCCGUGGCAGCUUGUAUUGAUCUUCAGGAGGCUGAUGAGCUGUAUUCUGAUUUGAAAAAAGUUCAAAUGAGUCUUGUCCUUGUGGACUAUCUUCAUCUCCUGUAUAUUGUAACCCCACUUGAGACGGACAUCAAGAUGGAUCCAUUGAUUUUUUGCGAUGAGUUUCUCAAACUAAACCCAGAUCAAGUCCACACAGCUCACACAAUUGGGAUUACGGAGGGUAUCGUCAUGGGAAUUCGGUGCGGCAAGAAAUAUGGGGAAGAGAAAAUGCGAAUCGUUCAUCGCUUCUACGUGACACUUAUAAUUCAGUCACUGUGGAAUCUAGAGGAAACUUUUAAGGUAGCCCUGAGGUUUAAGGUCAAUCGGGGUAUUGUGCAAUCACUCAUGGGGCAGACAGCUUCAAAUGCCAGCUGCAUCACACGCUUCUGCGAACAAUUGUCCGAAUUUUGGGCUCUAGCAUCUAUUCUUACAGUUGUGGUGGAUAAAUUGAGGCAUUGCUGCUCCCCAGAAUUGAUUCCUCUGAUGGAAUUACCCUCCGUGCAACUUGCAAGGGCCAAGCAACUCUAUGCUGCCGGCUAUAGGACAAUUGAAUUGAUUGCCAAGACUGACCCCAAGGAUUUGGUGCAAAAUAUUCAUAAUAUGAGCUACAAAGUAGCAAGGGAAAUUAAAUCAGCUGCCACGGUAAUGCUUUUGGAGAAAUACGAUAAUUUACAACACGAUCUGGACGGCCUUAAAAAUGUUUUAGAAAUAUGAAUUUAAUAUAGUCAAAAUUUUGAAUUAAUUUCAAAGGAAAAGAAAUUGUAUAAACUGUUAUAUAUAGUGAAAUCCAGUGAGAAAUGAAAUAUUUCAAAUUAUAGAAUUUUAUCAGUAGAAAAAGAGAAAAUAAUUAAAUUUUUACCCAAUUUGGAAGUAAUGUAUUUAAUGUAGGUAGAAAAUAAAUUUACUUUAUGAAAUUCGACUAAAAAAAUAAAUUGAAGUAACAUAAUGAAAGAAAACGAAGUAAAACUCAA